AUGAUGGCCAAUAAUAAACAACCCUCGAUAAACGCGAUGCAGACAAAACAAGUGGAAGUUUCACCCCAGUUGCAAGCAGGGGAGAAAUUUAUAAAAUGGGAUGAGGACUCCGGUGUGGGUACUCCAGUUACACUUAAAGUUGAUGAGUUUGGAUUUUAUCUGUACUGGAUUGAUCAAAAUAAUGAAGUCGAUAUGCUGGAUAUCGCUAUUAUACGAGACACCAGAACUGGAAAACACGCCAAAGUACCUAAGGAUCCAAAGUUAAAGUCACUAGUGACAAUGGGCUCGCAAGACUCUUUAGAAGAUAAAACAUUGACCGUAUGUUAUGGAUCAGACUUUGUUAAUGUCCAAGCAAUAAACUUUUGCGCGAACAAGGCGGAAAUAGUACGGCAUUGGACGGAUCAAUUAUUACAAUUGGCGUAUAAUUUAACUUUAUUAAAUAGUAGUGUCACUGCAUUUUUACAAAAGGCCCAUACAAAAUUAGUUCUGACUGCUGACAAAACUGGUAAAAUUUCGACAAAAAAUAUAAUAAAAAUGUUUACGACAAAUAAAGAGGAUCGAAAGCGCGUCGAAAAGGCACUUGAUAUUUCUUCUUUGCCAUCUGCCAAAACUGACGCAGUGCCGCUACAAAAGUUUCAAUUUAAAGACUUUUACAAUUUCUACAAGUCUUUAACCCAGCGCACGGAUGUUGAAAAAGUAUUUGAUGAAAUCGUCGGUGGGAAUAGCAAACGCCGAUUGAUGUCAACAUCACAAUUUGUUGAUUUUCUUAAUAAAUCACAGCGUGAUCCUCGACUCAAUGAAAUAUUAUAUCCGUACGCGAACGACGCUCGAGCUCGAGAUAUUAUCAAUCAAUACGAACCGGAUAAAAAUAACGCCAGCCGAGGACAAUUGAGUUCAGAUGGUUUUCUUAGGUAUUUAAUGAGUGAAGAUAAUCCAAUUGUUGCCAUGUCCAAGUAUGAGCUAGAUGAUGAUAUGGAUCAACCACUCGCUCAUUAUUUUAUCAAUUCUAGUCACAACACUUAUUUAACAGGCCAUCAACUUACUGGAAAAAGUUCCGUCGAGAUAUACCGGCAGUGUUUACUCUCAGGUUGUCGUUGCGUUGAAUUAGAUUUCUGGAAUGGAAAAUUUGACGAGCCUGUAAUAGUUCAUGGAUACACAUUUGUGCCUGAAAUAUGCGCUCGGGAUGUGAUCGAGGCGAUAGCGGAGAGUGCCUUCAAAACAUCCGAAUUCCCGGUUGUACUCAGUUUCGAGAAUCACUGCAAUCCGCGUCAACAGGCUAAGAUUGCUCAGUAUUGUAGGGAGUACUUUGGUGACAUGUUGCUUGACGCUCCCCUUGAAUCGCAUAAGCUAUUACCAGGUCAUGAGCUUCCACCGCCGUCGCUACUGAAACGCAAGAUAAUAAUAAAGAACAAAAAGAAGCACCGUAAUCACAAGAAAGACCACAAGAAGCACCAGCAAGGAGAUCAGGCUGCUCAGGCCGGUCAAGUGGCCGAGACUAAUGGUGUCAGUCAGCAAGCUGACGGUGAGAACGGUCCACCACCCGACGUAAUCCCGCAAAAUGAAGUAGACGGCGAGCAGUCAAUUGGCAAUGACGUAUCUCAUAGUCCGGCGAUGCUCCCGCAGCGACAGGGUAGUAAAGACAGUAAUCCAGAUGAUGAAGAUGAUGAAGACGAGUCCAGUACCGAGGAAGAUGAAUCAAACGUUGAGGAUAUUAAACUGAGGAUGGACGAUAAGGUGGCAGCUACCGAUAAAGUUGCAUCUACCGCCAAAGAAACGGAAGCCGGGGCUGAAAUAUCAGCUCUCGUAAAUUAUGUACAGCCUGUGCACUUUAACAGCUUUGAGAAUGCUGAGAAAAAAAAUCGUAUGUACGAAAUGUCUUCGUUUGAUGAAAAGCAAGCGACAACUUUGCUCAAAGAGCGACCAUUGGAAUUUGUCAACUAUAACAAGCACCAACUAUCUCGUGUUUAUCCGGCCGGAACGCGGUUCGACUCGAGUAACUUUAUGCCUCAGGUAUUUUGGAAUGCCGGCUGUCAGUUGGUUGCUUUAAAUUACCAAACUCUCGAUCUAGCUAUGCAACUAAACAUUGGAAUCUUUGAGUAUAAUCAACGCUGUGGCUAUUUGCUCAAGCCGGAAUUCAUGAGACGUAAGGAUCGCCGCCUGGAUCCAUUCGCCGAGUCAACAGUCGAUGGAAUUAUUGCCGGUACUGUACACAUACACGUAAUAUCUGGACAAUUUUUGAGUGACAAAAGGGUGGGCACGUACGUCGAGGUCGACAUGUAUGGUCUGCCUGCGGACACUGUACGCAAGAAGUUCAAGACUAAAAUAGUACCUAACAAUGGGAUAAAUCCUAUUUACGAUGAAGAGCCUUUUGUAUUCAAAAAGGUCGUGUUACCUGAGUUGGCGUCACUGCGUAUCGCUGCUUAUGAAGAGUCUGGCCGGUUAAUUGGCCACCGAGUUCUCCCCGUAGUGGGUCUUUGCCCGGGUUACCGGCAUGUGACACUCAGGAACGAGUGCGGUCAGCCCCGUCCUCUAGCCAGUCUCUUUCUACAUGUUAUUGUUAAGGACUAUGUACCUGACGGAUUCAACGACUUCGCUGAGGCUCUUGCCAAUCCAAUUAAAUAUCAGUGUGAGCUGGAAAAGCGAGCUAAACAAUUAGAACGGUUGAUGGACAUUGAUGAGCUCGAAGGGGAUUCCGAUGUAAAUAAGGAUAAAGACAAGGAUAAAGAUAAAGAAAAAGAUAGAGAAAAAGAUAAAGAAAAGGAAAAGGAGAAAGAAAAAGUUUUUACUAGUGCUGCAAAGCCAACUGAUGAAACAACAAAAGCAAAGAAAUUACAGCCUUCCGGCGAUUUAUCGGGUGCGUUACAGUUGUCAGAAAGUCCACACGGGCGAGCAUCAACUGCGGGCUUGGAAGUCCAAGAUACUCCUGAUGUGGAAGACGGAGUUGUGUCGUCAACAGUUUCUGUUGUUGAUGUUACGUCAAAUAAAAACGCGUCUGUCAUAGUUUCGAUUGGAGAUGGAAUUGUCGCGGAGCCAUUGGAAAAACUUAUGACUAACAAGCUUGUUUUGGAGAAAAAAGGAGAGUUUGAGAAAAAACUUGAAUCUUUGCGUCGCAAGCAUGAAAAAGAACGAUUGCGUUUACAAUCUGGAAAAGGAUCUGUUGACGGUGAAAAACACAAAUCUAAAUUUUACAAUAAUAAAUUGGUGAAACGACUUUCUACUAAAAAUAUAUUUUCCACUGACGUUGGUUUGAGUGUGACUUUGCCGGAGACGUCAGAGUGCCAGGAAGAGGGUGUCGAGGGACCUUCAAAAGGUCUUCCCAAGAGUCAAAGUGAACGGUUGUUAAACAUACUCAAAGAGCAUUUGGAUCAAGAAAAAGAACUACAAGAUAAAUACCACGACAUUGUGUAUGCCAUGGUUGAAAAAGUUAUGACAACGUCACAGACAAAUCAGAUGAAGACACUUAAAGUUCUUUUGGAAAGAGAAAUAAGCAGUGCCAUGAGAAGGUUACAAAAAUUACGACACCUCGAGGUGAAACAGUUGUCAAAAGUACAUAAAGAUAAGGCGGAAUUUGAUCGCAUGAAACGAGAAGUCGGUAAGACGACUAUUGAGAAGGGAGUUAAUGAAUGUAGCAGGUUGACGGAUAUUUAUGAUAAGAAGAAAGCUGAGCUUGAGUCGCAACACGAGGAAGUUCGCCAGAAACUUGAAGAGGAGAGAAAUAAGGUAAAGGCAGCAAUACAAGCCGAAUAUACUAGUAGUUACAAUAAAUAUGAGAGCGGUGAGCUGGCAUUAACGCCUUCAGCUAGCACAAGUUUUGCCGACACACUGAAUAAAACACCCUACUGA